CUGGAGUGAAACCCGCAGCCGACAUGCGCACACGUGGAUAACAAGAGCUCAACGAAACAGGACUUAAAUAUCUCGAUAAACAGAACCGCGAUGAUGAAGGCGAAAGAGAAGCAGCGGGAGGUGAAGGUCCCCAAAAAGAAGAACAUGGCGGCGAGCAGCAGCGACGACGAUGACUCGGACGUGGAGAGGAACUUCGCUCUGCUCACUGCAAGAGGAGGAGGAGGAGGAGGAGAUGAGGAGGGACAGCUGCACCAUGGAGGAGAGGAAGAUUUCAGCGAUGACGACCAAGAGGGGUCCGAUGGCGGUCCGGAGGAGGAGGAGGAAGGAGGCGGCGGCGAGGAAGGAGGCGAUGAUGCGCCCGAUGGCGCUGAAGAAGAAGAGGAGGACGAAGACAGCGACGCCUCCGAGGAUGAUGACGAUGAUGAAGAUCCAGAGGCCGCCGGCGGCAGCGGUGAGAUGCAGACGACGGACGACGUGAAGAGCGAGCUGUCCACCAUGUCCUUCGAGGAGAUCCUGAAGCUUCAGAACCAGGUGGGAACCAAAGUGUACAACGAGGUCGCGUACGGCAGCAGCAGGAGCCACGCGGCGGGCCGCAAGAAACGGCUCAACAAGAACCGGCCGAUGGAGAUUUCGGCCAAGAGACGCGCUCCGUUCCUCCGUCAGGUCGUCUCCGUCAAGAAACCCACGUCGAGAGAUCCUCGAUUCGACGACCUGUCUGGAGAAUACAAACCGGAGAUUUUUGAGAAGACGUACAACUUCAUCAAUGUCAUCAAGCAGAAAGAGAGAGAGAUCGUCCUGAAGAAGCUGAAGAAGAUGAAGAUGAACACGCCGCACAAAGAGGACCUCAAGUUCCUGCUGAAGAAGAUGGACAACCAGGAGCGAGCGAGGAAGAGCCGAGAGGAGCAGAGAGAGAGAGAGCUGCAGUUCAAGAGGGAGCGGAGAGAGAGAGCCAAUCAGGGCGCCCGGCCGUUCUUCCUCAAGAGCUCUGACAAGAAGAAGCUCGAGCUGGCCGACAAAUACGAGGAGCUGAAGAAGAGCGGCAAGCUGGAGACCUUCCUGAGCAAGAAGAGGAAGAGGAACGCAGGGAAGGACCGCCGGAAGCUACCCCGACAGCUGCAGAACGAGCGCUUUCAGUGACGCAGGGAGAAAACACGAAGAAGAAGCUGGACGCAAACAUGAGAGACUGUAAUGACCCGCCUCCGCCAGCAGGGGGAGCUGUGGUCUGUUUAUUCAUGGUGUUGGAUGAAGGGCUGACGGCGUCAGUCACAUUUAUUUCACUGUUGGAUGAUCUUUUAUUGUAAAAAAUAUAUAUAUACGACGCUCGGACAUCCGAAAAUUCACAUUCAUGAGUCCAUUCGACUUGUUUGUGGAACUUCGAGCCUCCGGAGGCGGGUGUUAUUGCGCAACAGUAAUACCGAAAUUGGUCGUUUGGAGGGUCCAUGAACGCACCAUCAAUGGGACGUUUUGGGGUCUCAAGUCUCAAGUUGUUAGCUCGAUGUGGUUUUUCAGCAGUACAGAUUUCACUGGAAACAUAUGCUUCCCCUCAGAAAUGCUGACUCAUGUUUAACUCUCACCUUUAUUUACAUUUCUUUUAAAUAAAACUAUUUGUUGCAAUUUUUAUGUUUUUAUUUGAAAAUAAAUUGAUAAUAUUGAGUGGCAUAAAACUA